AUAUAAAAUUAUUCACAAUCGUAACUUAACAGUGGUUAUAUAAGUAAAAUAUCGCAAAUCGGGUAAUUAACAAAAAAAAUUCGAUCUUAUUUUUAGUUCGUCAUGAAGCAUUUAAUUGUACUAACGUUUGCUGUUAUAGCAGCUACUUGGAUUACCAUAUCACAAGGUGUCAGCUCUAGAUAUGGUUCCAAAGGUAUUCACGAUCAGUUGCUGCAUAGACAAUACGUUGUUAUUGAACCAUCUUGGUGGCGUGGACUUACAUCUGAUGUAGUAUACCCUCCUCCGGGUUAUGUGAAUACGAAGCCCAUAUCUGCUGUUUUCGUGAUUGAUUCUACUGGAAGUACGAACACAUCCACAGGAUAUGGAUCGUUAUCCAAGGGUGGGCCUGGAGAAACUCAUGUAACAGUGCAUCUAAAGUCUCCGUUCCGCACGGGUUUGAAUUUCACUGUAGAGAUUUAUGGAACCUCAGGGUAUCUGGUAAAUCAUGGUUAAAUGAAAAUUGCUUGUAAGAUCAAAAAAUCUUUUUGAAAACUGAUGUGUAAAUAAAUACGUCUCACAGA